AGGGGGCCCUACAAAGACGCGGUUCCGGCCGCCAUGGAUCCGGCGUGCGCUCGAGUGCACUUUAUUUCGACUACCAACGUUUGCGGGUGAGAAAGCGCUGCCUGAGGCACGACGAGCAACAUGGCGACCCAUGACGUCAAGACGGACCCUUUGGCGGAUGACAAGAAGAUUGAGGAUAUUGAAGAGAAGAAGACGAGCUCGGAUGCCGAGAUCGAAGCGAAUCAGCUCGAGAUUGAUGAGAAGGAGGCGAGGCGGAUUUUGUCCAAGGUGGACUACAGGCUCGUGCCCGUGCUGGCGCUGCUGUAUCUUGUCGCGUUCAUCGAUCGGAGCAACAUCGGGAAUGCGAAAGUCGCGGGCUUGACAGCGGACCUGCAUAUGCACGGCCUGCAGUACAACACCGCCGUCACGCUCUUCUUCGUCCCGUAUACGCUGCUCGAAGUCCCCAGCAACAUCGUCCUGAAGCUGAUGCGGCCGAGUCGCUGGAUCGCCAUCCUCAUGUUCUCGUGGGGCGUCGUCAUGACGCUCAUGGGCCUGACGUCCAGCUAUGGCGGACUUCUUGCCGGGCGCUUCUUCCUGGGCGUCACAGAGUCCGGAUUCUUCCCCGCUGCGACAUUCCUUCUCACGCUCUGGUACCGCCGUUACGAAGUCCAGCGCCGCAUGGCCGUCUUCUACGUCGCCGCCUCCCUGUCCGGCGCCUUUUCGGGCCUGCUCGCCUAUGCCAUCCAAAAGCUAGAGGGCCGCUCAGGCCUCGGAGGCUGGCAGUGGAUUUUUAUAAUCGAGGGUCUUGUUCCCGUCGGCCUCGCCACCAUCAUCUGGAAGGUCCUGCCGGAUUCGCCGGAGACGGCGCGCUUCUUGACGCAGCCGGAGCGUGACUUCCUCGUGCGAAGACUGGCCGACGAGACGGGGAGUGGCCGUGGGCAUGUGACGAACCAGGAUAAGAUGGGGAAGAAGUACAUCAUCGCGGGACUUUCGGACUGGAAGAUUUGGGCGGCGGUGGUGAUUUUCUGGGGAAAUACCGUGGGCGUGUAUGGCUUCACCGCAACCGUCCCCACCGUCAUCAACGGUCUCGGCUACUCCGCCGCCAACGCUCAGCUACUUACCAUCCCCAUCUACGUGUUCGCCUCCAUCGUCACCAUCAUCUUCGCCUGGUGGUCCGACUACGCGAAGACCCGCUCGCCCUUCAUCAUCGCCGGCUUUGCAAUUGCCUGCUGCGGCUUCAUCGCUCAACUCGCCAUCCCGCACCCCAAAUACCCCGGCCUGACCUACGGCUUCCUGUUCCCCGUCGCGGGCGGCCUCUACUGCCCCUUCAUCAUCCUCGUGUCCUGGAUCGCUAACUCGCUCGCUCCGUCCAGUAAACGCGCAGUCGGAAUGGCGCUGCUCAUCAGCGUGGGUAACAUGGGCGGCAUCAUGGGCAGCAACAUCUAUUUGGAGCGCGAGAAGCCUAAGUAUAAGACGGGCUUUGGUGUCAGCUUGGCCAUGUGCUGCACGGCAAUUGCGAUGACAUUUGUGAUCAGGAUGGCGUAUAAGAGGGAGAAUACCAAACGGGAGGCGCUGUUGAGGGAGCAUGGCGAGGAGGUGAUCCGGGCGAGGUAUACGGAGCAGGAGAUGCUUGACCUAGGAGACAAGAGCCCCUUCUAUAGGUAUACUCUGUAAGCUGAGUCGUCUAGCUAGGUCUGCGGUGGUUAGUGCGAACGUAGGUAGACAAGGCUCGGAU